GAAAAGGUGUGGAUGAGACUGGAUAUCUUGUUCGUGUUGGCUGAAACGUGUCCAUUGUUGACAAAUGUAGAAAAGGUGUGGAUGAGACUGGAUAUCUUGUUCGUGUUGGCUGAAACGUGUCCAUUGUUGACAAGUGUAGAAAAGGUGUGGAUGAGACUGGAUAUCUUGUUCGUGUUGGCUGAAACGUGUCCAUUGUUGACAAGUGUAGAAAAGGUGUGGAUGAGACUGGAUAUCUUGUUCGUGUUGGCUGAAACGUGUCCAUUGUUGACAAGUGUAGAAAAGGUGUGGAUGAGACUGGAUAUCUUGUUCGUGUUGGCUGAAACGUGUCCAUUGUUGACAAGUGUAGAAAAGGUGUGAAUGAGACUGGAUAUCUUGUUCGUGUUGGCUGAAACGUGUCCAUGUUGACAAAUGUAGAAAAGGUGUGGAUGAGACUGGAUAUCUUGUUCGUGUUGGCUGAAACGUGUCCAUUGUUGACAAGUGUAGAAAAGGUGUGGAUGAGACUGGAUAUCUUGUUCGUGUUGUCUGAAACGUGUCCAUUGUUGACAAGUGUAGAAAAGGUGUGGAUGAGA